AUGACACCGGGUACAGUUGGCGCCGUCACUGCCUGCAACGAGAUUCGGUUGAAGGACGUGCCGGACAUGGGCUAUCUCCGCACAGACCAGGUGCACAAGAUUGGUUCCAAGACCAUCCCAUGCUGUGGUCGUGGAGAGAUCUGCCUGAAGGGCCUCAACAUCUUCCAAGGCUACUACAAGAUGCCCGACAAGACUGCAGAGGCGAUCGAUGCAGAUGGCUGGUUCCAUUCUGGGGACAUAGGGAUGUGGACACCUGACGGGAGGCUCAAGAUUAUCGAUAGAAAGAAGAACAUCUUCAAGCUUGCCCAAGGCGAGUACGUGGCACCAGAAAAGCUGGAGAAUCUCAAUGUGCAAAGCAAGUUCAUAGCCCAGAGCUUUGUCUACGGCGACAGUCUGAAGACUCAGCUCGUCUCCAUCGUGGUCCCCGACCCUGAGGUCGCCAAG